AUGGGUAUAAGUGUUCCAUAUGUUUUGAAUGGUUUGAUUCCAGAAGAAUCUUGGAGUUUGUUAAAGAAAAUCACAUUUGGAAAUGAUACCAAAAGAGUGAACAAUACUAUUGAAUCAAUCUGUAAGAAGAUAGCAGUAAAGUGCAGAGGAGUUCCAUUAUCCAUUAGAUCACUAGGAGGCAUAUUACAAAGUAAAAGUGAAGAAAGGGAAUGGAUUGAUGUCUUACAAGGUGACUUUUGGAAACUGUGUGAGGAUAAAGAUAGCAUUUUGCCGGUCCUAAAAUUGAGUUACCAAAAUUUGUCGCCUCAACAAAGACAAUGUUUUGCUUAUUGCUCUUUAUAUCCUAAGGAUUGGGUAAUUAGGAAAGAUUCAUUGAUUCAAAUGUGGAUGGCACAAGGUUAUCUUGAAUGUUCAAUUGAAGAUCAAUUCAUGGAAGAUGUUGGUAACCAAUUCGUGAAUAUUUUCUUGAUGAAAUCAUUAUUCCAAGAUGCAAAAAUGAAUCAAUAUGGUGAAAUAGAUAAUUUCAAAAUGCAUGAUUUAAUGCACGAUCUUGCAACACAAGUAGCUGGUAGUGAUUGUUGUUACUUGGACAAUAAGGAAAUAAGAUGUAUUGGAAGACCUCUGCAUGUGUCAGUGGAAUUUGAAGCUUUUUGUUUGCUGGAAUCAUUGGAUGCUACAUUUAAGAUGUCUUUAUGUGUUGGAGUGUCAUGUACUUUGAGUGAAGAAGAUGUACUUUCUACAAAAGAUGUCUCAAAAUUAUUCAACUUGAGACACCUUGAGCUUCAUGGUUGGAUCUGCAGAGACAAGACACAAUCAGUUGGAUUUGGAAAGUUGAGCUUACAACAACACGGGGCUAUGAUAUUUUCCAAAUGGCUUAUUUCUCCGCUCACAAAUAUUACCGAAAUAUAUCUUAAUAGUUGCCGAGGUUUUGAAUAUCUCCCACCAUUGGAACGCCUUCCAUUCCUUAAGUCACUUGAGUUAGCUUCCCUUAAUGAAUUGAAGUAUAUAUAUUAUGAAGAGCCUAUUCUUAAAGAAUCAUUUUUCCCAUCUUUGGAGAGCCUACAAUUUGGUGGAUGUAAGGAGCUGAGGGGAUGGAGGAAGAUGGGAGACGAUUUCGAUGAUAUUAACUCUUCAUAUCAGAUCAUAUUGCCUCAGUUUCCUUGUCUAUCUAAAUUGGUAAUCACUUGGUGUUGGAUGUUGACUUGCAUUCCUACUUUUCCAACCAUUAAGAUAUUAUAUAUGAAAGAUUGCACUGUGGAGAUAUUAGAAGAAACACUAAAUAUAGCUGCAUCACAAUAUUCAGUUGGUUUUACUUCUCUUUCCAUGCUAAAAUACUUAAAAAUUAACUAG